AUGCUCAUCCUUACAUGCCAUGUGACAUACUGGGAUCGUUUCGGAUGGAAAGACAACUUUGCGAAGUCUGCGUUCGAUCAAAGGCAAUGGGAGUAUGCCACAGCUCUUCGAAGGAAGAAUGUUUUUACGCCGCAGGUCAUUGUCAACGGCCAAGUCGAUGGCGUGGGUCACAAUUCCCGAGAUCUACAGGUUCUGAUUACGAAAGGAAAUGCAUUCAGUACUGCGCAGACAAUGGAGAUCCUCUACAUGAUCCAUGGUGGAGGUAUUACAGUAUCAGGCCUCGGAAAUGAGCAUGGCGUCGUCAGCGUGAUACGAUACGAUGAUAUACCGAGACUAUGA